AUGGCAUCCCCCAAUCCGUCUAUUCCGCGAACAAUGUCGACGUCAUAUCUCCAACCCGCCUCGACGCGUGCCAUCAUGGUCGACGGCAAGCCAUGGACCGUCGGCUCCCACUACAGCACAAUCUCCUGGAAAUCAGAGAAUGCACACGCGAAUGGCAUGGGGCUGAGUUCGACGGGCAAAGGCAUCCUCAUCGGCAUGCUGUCGGCCUUUGGAUCCGCCGCCUUUGUCGCCAUCAUUCUGGCAUUCAUCUACUUCUUCCGCUACACCAAUCGCGGACGCAUUUUCCUCGACAGUAUCGGUAGACCUGGAGAAUACGACGACGAGCAAGCUUUCUUGCGUGAAGAGGAGGAUGCUUUGGAGGACAUGGAUGACCUGCAGCGUGCCGAGUACCUCCGCGCCAAGGCUUACGUCACGGCCAAUCCUCCGGAGUCAGUACAAACCGACAUUUCGCUUUCGCAAUUCCUGGCAAUUCAAGAGAAGGGUGUACAAGCUUGGGAGUUUGAGCCGGAACUAGAAAUCGCAAACUGCUUUGUCGAGGGUCGUACCGAGAUCGAGUUCUUCGAUGCCGAGUGCAGCGUCCAGAGCAAUCUGCCUGUGCCCAAACAGAACGAGGUCUACUACUGGGAAGCAAAAAUCUUCGACAAGCCUGACAACACUCUGAUAAGCAUUGGCAUGACCACAAAACCCUACCCGCUUUUCCGACUCCCUGGUAUGCACAAGUACUCGGUAGCUUACACUUCCUCUGGCCAACGGAGAUACAACCAGCCUUUCUCCGGCACCAACUAUGCACCUUCAUACGAGCAGGGAGAUGUUGUCGGAGUCGGCUACAGACCUCGUACUGGAACCGUCUUCUUCACCCGCAACGGAAAAAAGCUGGAAGAUAUCGCUCAUGGUCUCAAAUCACAAAAUCUCUUUCCGACCGUCGGCGCCAACGGCCCCUGCAACAUCCAAGUCAAUUUUGGCCAGAUGGGCUUCGUCUUCAUCGAGGCCAAUGUUAAAAAGUGGGGUCUUGCUCCCAUGACUGGCAGUCUUGCACCACCACCGCCAUAUGGUAGCGAACAAGGCAGCAUCCUACUCGAAGGCGGUAGGGAAGGUGUUCGUGAGGGCCAAGCAUAUAUUCAUGGUCGCACACAUAGCGCCUCCGUCCGCCUCGGGAGACCUGCAACCAGCCCCGGCCCUCGACGAUCACCCACCGAAAUUUCACUUGCUCAGCUUAGUCUCAACGAGUCACGGGAAGAUAUAGGUGAAGGUACGAGCUACACAGCAGCUGGUCACGUGUCUGAAGAAGACCCCCUCACCAUGCCCUCGCACUCGGAUGCUCCUCCGCCAGAGUACGAAAGCCCCGAUGAGGAGAACCAGUUCUCGACACCGAGGCAGAGUCUGCAUUCGGAGCGUUCGUAUCUACUACCUCACGACCCACCCAUUCCUUCUUAUGAAGCUGCGGUUGGAGACGUACAAGCGAGCGAGUCUCGAAAUGAUGGCAACUAG